UUUGCGAUUCGCGCCAAGUUGAAAGCGCGAGCUCUCAUCUCUUCCUUUCCUUUGUGUAUCACUUGUGCAUGUUCCUGUCGGUGCGUGCGAAGCGGGUUAAAUUCUUGGCGACUAAGGCAACUUGAUACGGCUACUUUUCUCCCAAACAUCUGUACACACCGUAUCGCAACCAUGUCCGUCAGCGUAGAGUCUGGAUUUUCAAACGACGAGGUGCUGAACAUUCGUUACCCUCUCCACCGGGCGUGCAGGGAUGGAGACGUUGUUGCUUUGUGUUCGCUUCUUCAGUGCACCACAAACCAAGCAGACCUCAUCACGGAAGACUCCGUCUAUGGCUGGAGUCCCAUUCAUUGGGCAGCACAUUUUGGAAAGUUGGAGUGUGUAAUGUGCCUGGUGCAGGUGGGCUGCAAGGUGAACGCCAUGACGACGAGGUUUGCCCAGACGCCUGCACACAUCGCGGCUUUUGGAGGCCACCCAGAGUGUGUGCUGUGGCUGUUGCAGGCAGGGGCCGACAUCAACAGGCAGGACUAUGUAGGUGAGACCCCUAUCCACAAGGCAGCCCGGGCUGGUAGUAUGGAGUGUGUCAAGGCCCUCUUGAUACAGGGUGCUAAACCGGACUUAAGGAACGCUAAUGGCUUGACGGCGGCAGACCUGGCCCACGCCCAGGGCUUCUGGGAGUGCGCCCAGCUGCUCUCCAACGCUCAAAACCACCUCAACCAGCUCAAUGGUUUCCACUCCAACGGGGCGCUAAACGGCCACCGCUCUCUCAGCCAAAGCCAGGGUCUCCUCAAUGGGCUGGCCAAUAGAAAGAGGCUUCUGGACGGUGUGGAGCCCAAUCGCAUCAAGAAGGCCAGAACAGACGGUGUGGACCUGCCCAAGUGGAUGCAGCAUGGCUGCGGGGAGGAGCUGGAGACCAUGUAUAUGGAGUCUGCAGACCCUGUCUCAGCAGAUGACCCCAAAGCCACCACGGGUCAGACGAACGGCAAUAAUGGGCCACAGAACGGUGCCAUCUCCACCAAUGGCCACAUGCCAAAACACCUAAGUGGUGACAACCCUGCUGUGCUGUCAACCGGCUUCUCCACGCCAUGGGGACUGCCGGCCUUGGCUACUUCCACUGAAAACGGUCUGUCGUCAUCACGGCUAGCUAAUCAGGAGGCGGAGGAGACCCGGCGGCAUUCAGCCCACGAGAUGUGCGGUUCGCUACACCUGACGGGAAGCCCCAGCAGCUGCGUGUCCCACCGACCCUCCUGGGAGGCCAUGGCCAGCGACCUGGGAGACACCCUGCACUACGGACAUUACCAUGGCUUUGGGGACACGGCAGAGGACCUGGCUGAAGAGCACAGCAACUCGGUGUGCGUGGAGCAGUGUUACGACCAGGCCGUGCUCAGUGACAUGCACCUCUACCACGGAUCCUAAAUUGGGGGAGGCUGGCCCUUCCCAAGUAAGUAGUCAGUCUAUCUACCUACCCCAGCGGUGACACAACUUUGCAUAGAGCCGCUAGCCUGCCUUAAAAUCCAAUGGUUACCAUAACAUCAUUGUUGCACUGGGGAUGGAGUGGAGAGAGACACUUUGGCCCAUCUACCAAAGGGAACAAGCACAGUUGAAGUCGGAAGUUUACAUACACCUUAGCCAAAUACAUUUAAACUCAGUUUUUCACAAUACCUGAUAUUUAAUCCUAGUAAAAAUGGCCUGUCUUUGGUCAGUUAGAAUCACUUUAUUUUAAGAAUGUGAUGUCAGAAUAAUAGUAGAGAGAAUUAUUUCGUUCAACUUUUAUUUCUUUCAUCACAUUCCCAGUGGGUCAGAAGUUUACAUACACUAAAUUAGUAUUUGGUAGCAUUGCCUUUAAAUUGUUUACCUUGGGUCAAAGUUUUCGGGUAGCCUUCCACACGCUUCCCAUAAUAAGUUGGGUGAAUUUUGGCCCCAGUUUUCUAUGGGAUUGAGGUCAGGUCUUUGUGAUGGCCACUCCAAUACCUUGACUCUGUUGUCCUUAAACCAUUUUGCCACAACUUUGGAAGUAUGCUUGGGGUCAUUGUCCAUUUGGAAGGCCUAUUUGCGACCAAAGCUUUAACUUCCUGACUGAUGUCUUGAGAUGUUCAUUAUAUCCACAUUAUUUUCCAUCCUCAUGAUGCCACCUAUUUUGUGAAGUGCACCAGUCCCUCCUGCAGAAAAGCACCCCCACAACAUGAUGCUGCCACCCACGUGCUCCACAUUUGGGAUGGUGUUCUUCAGUUUUGAGAAUGACACAAAUAUUAAUUUCCACAUAGUUUGCUGCUUCAGUGUCUUUAGACACUGAUGUUACUAUGGAAUACUGAAGUAUACUUACAAGCAUUUUGUAAGUGUCAGACUUUUAUUGACAAUUACAUGAAGUUGAUGCAAAGAGUCAAUAUUUGCAUUGUUGACCCUUCUUUUUCAAGACCUCUGCAAUCCACCCUGGCAUGCUGUCAAUUAACUUCUGGGCCACAUCCUGACUGAUGGCAGUCCAUUCUUGCAUAAUCAAUGUUUGUCAGAAUUUGUGGGAUUGUUUGUCCACCUGCCUCUUGAAGAUUGAACACAAGUUCUCAAUGGGAUUAAGGUCUGGGGAGUUUCCUGGCGAUGGUCCCAAAAUAUUGAUGUUUUGUUCCCCAAGCCACUUAGUUAUCACUUUUGCCUUAUGGCAAGGUUUGCCAUCAUGCUGGAAAAGGCAUUGUUUGUCACCAAACUGUUCCUGGAUGGUUGGGAGAAGUUGCCCUCGGAGGAUGUGUUGGUACCAUUCUUUAUUCAUGGCUGUGUUCUGAGGCAAAAUUGUGUGUGAGCCCACUCCCUUGGCUUAGAAGCAACCCCACACAUGAAUGGUCUCAAGAUACUUUACUGUUGGCAUGACACAUGACUGAUGGUAGCGCUCACCUUGUCUUCUCCGGACAAGCUUUUUUCCGGAUACCCCAAACAAUCAGAAAGGGGAUUCGUCAGAGAAAAUGACUUUACCCCAGUCCUCAGCAGUUCAAUCCCUGUACCUUUUCAGAAUGUCAGUAUGUCCCUGAUGUUUUUCCUGGAGAGACGUGGCUUCUUUGCUGCCCUUCUUGACACCAGGCCAUCCUCCAAAAGUCUUCGCCUCACUGUGCGUGCAGAUGCACUCACACCUGCCUGCUGCCAUUCCUGAGCAAGCUCUGCACUGGUGGUGCCCAGAUCCCGCAGCUGAAUCAACUUUAGGAGAUGGUCCUGGCGCUUGCUGGACUUUCUUGGGUGCCCUGAAGCCUUCUUCACAACAAUUGAACCACUCUCCUUGAAGUUCUUGAUGAUCCAAUAAAUUGUUGAUUUAGGUGCAAUUUUACUGGCAGCAAUAUCCUUGACUGUGAAGCCCUUUUUGUGCAAAGCAAUGAUGACGGCACGUGUUUCCUUGCAAGUAACCAUGUUUGAUCAAUGAUUCCAAGCACCACCCUCCUUUUGAAGCUUCCAGUCUGUUAUUCAAACUCAAUCAGCAUGACAGAGUGAUCUCCAGCCUUGUCCUCGUCAACACUCACACCUGUGUUAACGAGAGAAUCACUGACAUGAUGUCAGCUGGUCCUUUUGUGACAGGCCUGAAAUGCAGUGGAAAUGUUUUUGGGGGGAUUCAAGUUCAUUUGAAUGGCAAAGAGGGACUUUGCAAUUACUCUUCAUAACAUUCUGGAGUAUAUGCAAAUUGCCAUCAUACAAACUGAGGCAGCAGACUUUGUGAAAAUGUAUAUUUGUGUCGUUCUCAAAACUUUUGGCCACGACUGGAUAAUUUUGUACCUGUUUCCUCCAGCAUCUUCACAAGGUCCUUUGCUGUUGUUCUGGGAUUCAUUUGCACUUUUUGCACCAAAGUACGUUCAUCUCUAGGAGACAGAAUGCGUCUCCUUCCUGAACGGUAUGACGGCUGCGUGGUCCCAUGGUGUUUAAACUUACGUACUAUUUUUUGUACAGAUGAAAGUGGUACUUCCAGGCGUUUGGAAAUUGCUCCCAUGGAUAAACCAGACUUGUGGAUUUCUACAAUUUAUUUUCUGUGGUCUUGGCUGAUUUCUUUUGAUUUUCCCAUGAUGUCAAGCAAGAGGCACGAAGUUCAAAGGUAGGCCUUGAAAUAGAUCCACAUGUACACCCCCAAUUAACUCAAAUGAUCAGAAGCUUCUAAAGCCAUGACAUCAUUUUCUGGAAUAUUCCAAGCUGUUUAAUGGCACAGUCAACUUAGUGUAUGUAAACUUCUGACCCACUGGAAUUGUGAUACAGUGAAUUAUAAGUGAAAUCAUCUUGUCUGUAAACAAUUGUUAGAAAAAUUACUUGUCAUGCACAAAGUAGAUGUCCUAACCAACUUGCCAAAACUAUAGUUUGUUAACAAGAAGUUUGUGGAGUGGUUGAAAAACAAGUUUUAAUGACUUGUUUGUGUAUGUAAACUUCUGUCUUCAACUGUAGCAUUGUCGUUUUUGUAUUUGAUAUUUGAAAUUCUUAUUUUAUUACUGUCUGUUGUAGCGCAAGAGAUGUGAUUGUGGUAAGCUGAUCCUAGUUUGUCUGGUGAUGGUAUUGCAUAAAAUGCAGGUUAUUAGAAUUAUGAGUUAUGAUAAGUCGGCGAUGCCGGUUUUGGUUUUUUUUAGACCAAAAGGGUAAAUUACUUGUGUUUGGCAUGUAGGUUCUGUGCCAACACUUAUGUUAAAUCUAUUAUGGCAUAAAAAAAAGUGUUUUUACUGAGUUUGUUUUACCUUGUUGUUCAUUGUCUGUACUUGGAGCACUGCAAACAGUAUUUAUCAUGUAGACAAUCUGUAAACUGACUUGUGACAGUCCUUUUUAGAUUCAUUUUUUUGGGUCUUCUGAAAUAAAUGUGUUACCAAAUUGCA